UUUUUUUUCAAAUAUAUUUUUCUGGGCACUGUUUGGAUAUCCACUGUUCUAAUCGACGGAGACUGGUACUUCUGCCUGGUGACAAACCUCAACACCAACCAGACUGGAAUACCUUGCAAGAACAAUGUGACCUAUGAAGAAACACUCAUCAAAGCAAAGUACAAGAAUGAAUCACUAGUCUAUGGUUUGACAAUAAUCUCUGGAUUUUUUUUCGUUUGGAACAUCUUGGAAUUUGUGAAAGGCUGUGUUAAACGAUGUGAAACAUGGAAAAAGGGUGUGCCCAAACCUAUAAUGGGACUGUUCUGCCCUCCUUACUGCAGAUGGGAAUAUGAAAAGUUUCUGUCAGAGGAGGUGAAUGACCAUUUGAAAGGGGAGCUGAGAAAAAUAGCCAAAGAAAGAGCAAUAAAACUAUGUAAAGACUAUCUUUCAAUUAUUCAAAAUAACGAGCUACGAAAACAAACCCAAAAUGCCAACGACAAUGGAAACGGCAAUCCCAAUGGAAACAACAAUCCCAGUGGAAAUGACAAUCCCAGUGGAAACGGCAAUCCCAAUGAUGAUCCCAGUGGCAAUGGCAAUGAGAAUGACAGUACCAAUGGCAAUAACAUUUUUGAUACCUGGCAUACAAUUUCAUCCUCAUGUUUCUACUUGACAGAGGUAUAGGGAGGGGUAAUUGGUUGCUGUGUUGAUGUUGGGGGAGUAGAAAUCUGUGAACACAUGUCCUCAUGAUGAGUAGAAACAUUAUACUGGUAUUUUGUGACCCUAUAUUAAGCUAAAUAGAUUUCAGUAUUAGCACUUCUUCUAAAGGGAAACAGAGACUAAAGGCUUUUGAUGUGUCAGUUCACCUUUGUUCUUUUUUUCUGCUGUUUUCUGUGUACAGUCAAGCCCGAAAUUAUUCAUACCCCUGGCAAAUUUUGACUUAAAGUUACUUUUAAAUGUAGAUAAAAGCUGAGAAAUAUUUUUUUCCACAAUAAUGCCUCUUACAUUGUCUUAUUAUCUUCUGGGAGACCCUGUGUCAUUUUCAAUGAAGAAAACACUUGCUGGUUGAAUAAAAGUAACUUUAAGUCAAAAUUUGCCAGGGGUAUGAAUAAUUUCGGGCUUGACUGUAUGCUGAAAAUAAUUGUUACAUUUUUGCUUUGGUAAUUGUUUGAAGUUGUAAAUCUAUUUCAGCUUAAUUAAAAUGGUUUGUUGUGUAGA